UUCCUUUAAAACGAGAGCAGGCGUUGCCGCUACUUUCUGCUGCUCCUGAUGCCUGUCCAGCUUCUUGGUGCUGGUCCUGAGCGAGUCCAGCCCUCCGGCACGCUUUUCCCGCAAGAAGGCUCAGACUGUUCUGGGAUGUUGCCUUAUCUCUGGUACAACAACAAUGCUACCGUAGAGAGGGGGAGAAGAGGAGGGUGGAAAAAGAACUUUUCCCUCUAAUGAUGCGUUAGUUUCAGUAUGUUGAUUCCAGUUUUCCCUCCCGCUAACUCUCCCUCAUUUUCCUAGCCGCUGUAGCAUUGUGCUGUUUGCGCUGUAGCUUGUACCUAAGAGCGCAGCCUGGGGUAGGUGCUUGCAUCGCGUGCUCAUGUGGAAUCUAUUUAAGACCCUUUGUGGGGCCUCAUUCCAAACUAUGUGCCCUUCAACCUAAACUCUGUAGCAGGAGUGAGUUUUUGAGAGAGCCAUUUAGAUUCUUGUAACACAUGGGAAAUUUUGGCAGCAUUGCAAGUUGAGUGAAAAAAAGCUGGGGUUGUGUUGCUACAUAAGGUACAGAAAGGGUUUGUGUGUACUUUGUCAUCUUUUGUGUGUGUGUGUGUGUCGUACCUUGUGCUGAUAAGGAAACUGAAGUUUGCAGAGCGGAGAUAUGUGGUAAAUGCAGUCUGCUGGCUAAGCCAGGCGUUUUGGACUCGGAUUCUGGAGGAUGAGGGUCUGUGCUGUCCGGUACGUGAGGAUGAAUGGUCCCGGGGCGGCUCCCGGCGGGGGAAGCCGUGCUGCGGAGCGCUCUCCGGGCGGCGCCAGCCUCCCAGGUAAGUGCUGCUCGCUUGCGCCUUGCUCGGGCUUCACGCUGCAGUCAACCCUAGAAACAGCGCUGCAGAAUCCCGUUAUUUUUCCUUAAGGGAUUUAAGAAUAUUUUUCUAUGACCUAAUCUUCAGGCAAAAUGCCUAUUCUUUAAAAUUUAGCUUGUGGGCAGCCAUGGCUCUAAAAGUUUUUGAGACUUCAUGUAUCUGUAGGGAUUAGUCAGAGGAGUGUCUUUAAGGCAGCUGAGCAAUUUAUGUCAAUCUCCCUUAAAUGAGGUUUGGAAUGCGUUAUAGAAUAAAUUGAUUCCCCUGAAUAAUUCUAAUAAAAGAGAGGAUCAGUUAUCCCAUCUGGGAGACUUCAUUUCUGAUUGUUACUGUAUAAACCAACAGAAAUCACAUGAAUAUUCUUGGACACAGAUGGUGAUCAUGUUAUAAACGCCUUAUUGUGAAAUAGAGAUUAGGAUAAAAAGCAGUUGGAAGAUUGAAAUGAAGCUCUUGGAUAUAAAUCCUCAUCUGUUAGAUUAGUGUCUUGCACUGGGUUUCAAUUUGCAACAGUUAAUGGUCUAAAUAAACUAAUUCAGCAGAACAGUCUCAUAACAGCAAGGAAUCUGAAUUCCAAAAUAUAUGUGGAACAGGUAGAAACCUGUCUCCAACAAGGACCUGGUGAUUGCCUCAAUAAUAGCACAGGUAAUGUUACCGUUUAAGCAAAAUUCUUGAAGCCCAAGGAGAGAACAGAAUCUAUUGAAAACAGUUGAAACUGAAAGCAAACUUAAGUGUUACAAAUUUAUGCAUAUCCAGAAAAGGUCACUGCUAAUUAAUCAUGCUUAAUUAUUCAGAAGAAGGAAAUAUGGUCUCACAUUUGCCCCAUCAGAUUUAUUUUCUGAUUAGCAAAGAAGUAAAAUCAUCUGAACCAGCUAAUAAAGUCAUCCAGGAAGUUGACCUCAUUUCCAAUAUUAGAAUAAAUGCUUUACCGACAAAAGAGGUGAGUUCAUAGGAAGCUUAUGGCAAGUUUUGUUUCCCUAAGUGUUCAAAGCUUUGUUUUUCUUUUUCUAAAAGCACAAAAGAAGUGAUGUCUUAGUGGUUAAAUCAAAACUUCCAUCAUUAACCUCUAAAUAUUUUUAGCAAAUUAGGAACGUUGGCGUCAAGCCUGCUGGCUGUGCUUGCCUAUGGUCAGAGGAAGAUCCUUUAAAGGACAUAGGUCUAACUGGUGGACCUUUUAAGUGCAUAUGUUAAUUUGACACAUGGGUAAAGGAGGAAUUUCAUAUCAACUUGCUAAUAGAGCUGUUGAGAUCUGGAGAGAAUAUUGUAAUAAUGUGAUAAUACUGCUCACUGAGCAUCUGGUAGCGUAAUGAGAUUUCACCCUAUAUUCUUCUCUGCAACAGGGGGAUCUUAUGUUCUUCAAAAGUUGUUGGCUCAAUUUUGCAUCUAGUCAGGUCAGGUGAAUUUUUCCAUGUCAAGUAGAUAUAGGUAUGUAAAGGAGAACAUGACCUCAAAUGCUGUGUUAAAUGGAGAAAAGUCACAGCUACCACAUCCAGACUAGUAGUGCAUUGUAGGUCUCCCUACGAUUAAAACUAAGGCUAUUUUAUAAUCAAGGGAUCAUUAAGAAAAUACGUGUUUGCACACAGCCAUUAUUCACUAGAUAUCCACAGGUCAAACCUGGAAUUUAGGUAGUAGUCACAUUAAAAAAAAAAAAAAAAUCAGCGGUAAUUUUUAUUGCCUUAUCUAUAAAGGCAAAAGGAUAAUAAAGGAUGACACAAUUCAAACUUAAUAAGAAACAGCAGCUUUUAAAGUGUCUGCACUAAGUGGAGUGGAACAUGUUCCAGCCCUUUCUCUGAAUUCCAGCAUUAGAAUUCUGUACUUCUGCUAGUUUUUCCUACUGUGCAAGUCUCUUGUAGAGCUCUGCUGAUAACCUUGGUCAGCUAAUUCUGUUCGGAGAUUGUAAUGCAUUAUAUCACAUUCUGUAUGACAGGAAAGGGAACUUCCCCUUUAACGAUACACAUUGCUAUGUAAGAAUUUCUGGGGGUGGAGUCACUGCUUGAGCAGGCUGCAUAAAAUCCUGUGCAGGAUUUCCAGCUGCCUCAGACUGCAAUCAGCAUGAACUGCAGCCUGCCACACCGAGUGCUGCUCAGCUCUCCGAUGGAGGGACAGCGGGACAGGUUGUGCCUGCAGUCUCUUUGGGACUUUGUCACUGCAAAGGAGCCAUUGAUCAAGUCACCGUUUUUCCCAGUGCUGUUUUCUUUUACAGCAUACAUGGCUUUCUGUCUUCCAUAUAUUGCACUGGACUUUUUAAGCAUUAGACUACCAGACUUGAGAAAAUACAAAAUCCAGCCGCAGAACUAUCCAAGUCUUGGAAUGAUGGUGCCUUGCAUUAUUCAAAGUGUAUAUCACCAUGUCGUCUUGAUCUUCCCGGUGACAUUUCUACACUGGUACUGGAGACCCAUGAAGCUGCCAGUGACAGCUCCAGAGCUGCCUGAAGUCCUGCUGCAAGUAGCAGUUUGUCUGCUGCUGUUUGAUUUUGAGUACUUCCUGUGGCAUUUGCUGCAUCACAAGGUGCCUUGGCUCUACAAGACGUUCCACAAGGUGCAUCACAAGCACGUGUCGACGUUCGCCCUUACUACACAGUAUUCCAGCGUAUGGGAGUUGCUGUCACUGGGAUUUUUUGCUGCUAUAAACCCACUGCUCCUCGGAUGCCAUCCUUUGACAGAAAUGAUUUUCUUCCUUGUAAACAUUGGUUUGUCAGUGGAGGACCAUUCUGGAUAUGACCUCCCAUGGUCAACUCACCGACUUGUGCCUUUUGGAUUGUACGGAGGAGCACCACAUCAUGAUCUCCACCAUCUGAAAUUCAAAUCGAACUAUGCUCCUUACUUCACACACUGGUACAAACUCUUUGGCACAUUCAUGGAGUCACAUUCUAAUUAAGAAUAUUUGCCUGUGGAUGAACUCUUUUAUAGACUAAACUGGGACAUUAUUUUUUUAAAGACAUACAGAAGAUUGUAUAUUUGAAGCUGCCUAUAAAAGCAAUAGCUAUUUAUAACAAAUCCUCUUAAUAUAUGUGUAUUUGUGUGUGUACUUGGAACUGCCUGUGUUAAGGGACUGCAAAUGGGAAAGUGAAUAUCUGUUGCUUAAAUUUGAGUGAAAGGUUUAAGGGAAGCAUUAAGAGACAUUCUCUCUCCUUUCCUUCUUUCCAGCUUUCAUAAAGCAUGUAUCAUGUUGCUGUAUGACGUUUUAUACAUGCGCCACAACAUUAUCUUACUGUUGUAGGAUGAUUUAUGAUGUAAACAGAAAAGGUACACAUCAUGGAUUUUGUGGAGUUUAAUCUGCCAAAGAAAAUUGUUGCGCAAUGAUUUUGUAAAAUAUUGCUGCCAAGUCAGGGUGGUUGGAUAACUGUUAAAUGAUUUUGAUAUUUAUAUUUUUUACCUUGAUAUGCUGUCUCUUUUUAAUAGAGAAUAAAUAUGUUCAUUCUU